UGAGAAAUUCGUGUUCAUCAAGAUUUAACAGUUCACGGUAAACGUUAAUCGCACAGUAACGCUACGUAGGGUUACGUAGCUAAGAUUGUGAGUGAGCAUUCGUUCGUGUCGUGGCACGUCGAGGCAGCCCGAUGCAGGUCGCGCGCAAUUCUUGUAGCGCAAAUCAUGACUUCGAUGCUGUCCAGCUUUAACCCGCCUAUCGUUAAGCGAUUGUUGGGUUGGAAAAAAGCCGAAGGAGAAGACAAAUGGAGUGAAAAAGCCGUUAAAAGUCUGGUUAAAAAGUUAAAAAAGUCCACUGGCCUCGACGAACUCGAGAAGGCCAUUACUACGCAAAGUUGCAACACUAAGUGCAUUACUAUACCAAGGCCUAGUCCAGGCGGUGUCGGUGACAACGGUGUCCAAGGAGUACGCGGUAAAGGCCUGCCGCACGUGAUCUACUGCCGACUUUGGCGCUGGCCGGAUUUGCAGUCGCACCACGAACUAAGGGCGAUCGAGCAUUGCGAGUACGCGUUCACGCAGAAACGGGACGAAGUCUGCGUCAACCCGUACCAUUAUCAACGAAUACAAACACCAGUUUUGCCAGCCAUUCUCGUGCCACGACAUAACUUAGCUGGAGACGAGCCUGUACUUUACAACACUUCCCUCGAAGAGCUCAGCGUUAGCGUGCCAGAAAACACGAGCUUCCACGCAACGUUGAAUCAUCAGCAUCACAAUCAACAGAGUAUACCGCAGUCACCGCAACAGCAGCAACAACAGCAGCAACAGCAGCAGCAACAACAGCAGCAGCAGCAGCAACAGCAGCAACAACAACAACAACAACAGCAGCCGCAGCAGCAGCAACCGAAUAACCCAUAUCAAGGAAUGCAGAGUAUGCCUGCAACGAGUCCGGCUAGCGUCGGGAGUCUAGGAAGCGUUCAGGGUUCACCACAUCCGGCGCCUGGAUCCAUGGAUCCUCCUGCCGAUACACCUCCUCCAGGAUAUAUAAGCGAAGAUGGCGAUAACAUGGAUCACAACGACAACAUGUCUUUGUCGCGUUUGUCUCCCAGUCCCGUCGAUGCACAACCUGUCAUGUAUUGCGAACCAGCGUUUUGGUGUUCGAUAAGUUAUUACGAAUUAAAUACGAGAGUAGGCGAAACGUUUCACGCGUCGCAACCGAGCAUAACGGUGGACGGAUUCACCGAUCCUAGCAACUCUGAACGUUUCUGUCUGGGUUUACUGUCGAACGUUAAUCGGAACACCGUCGUCGAACAGACGAGACGACACAUCGGUAAAGGAGCUAGACUUUAUUACAUUGGCGGAGAGGUGUUUGCCGAGUGUUUGUCCGAUUCGAGCAUUUUUGUACAAAGUCCCAAUUGUAAUCAACGUUACGGUUGGCAUCCAGCUACAGUUUGUAAAAUACCACCUGGCUGCAAUUUGAAGAUCUUCAAUAACCAGGAGUUCGCGGCACUGUUGUCGCAAUCGGUUUCCCAAGGAUUCGAAGCGGUAUACCAAUUGACUCGGAUGUGCACGAUCAGAAUGAGCUUCGUAAAGGGUUGGGGAGCGGCGUAUCGUCGGCAAACCGUGACAUCGACUCCUUGUUGGAUCGAGUUGCAUUUAAAUGGUCCGUUACAGUGGCUUGAUAGGGUACUCACGCAGAUGGGAUCGCCUCGUUUACCCUGUUCCUCGAUGUCAUAAGUGACAGAAAAACAGUGCAAGAAGAAAGAUGUACGAUUGCCGUUCUCGCGAAGCGCGUACCGUGUAUCCUCGCUUCGAAAGUGUUUGUAUGGAAUACAAACUACCGACUUCGUGCUUGAAGUGCCAGCAGGAAAGAAGGCAUUCGAUCGGACGGACGAAUGGAGAUGGAGAAACAGCGUUCGAUCGGCUGUAGGAACGCUCUCAAGUGCUCAAGUCGCGAUAUCUCGUCGACGUUUCGUACGUAAAGAGGAAAAGGUCGAUGUACGGGCAAAAGAGUGCAGACACAAAAUCGGUUUGCAAUAAUACACCAGUUGUCACCAGUACAGAAAACCUAUUCCCCAUUCUUCGAUAAACCGGGACAUCAUGAUCGAAAGUACCAACUAAUGAAAUAAGUAAACAUUGUUGAUACACACUUAUCGCACUCCAGUGUGUUUGUGUGUGUGUGUGUAUGUAUGUAAUGUAUGGAUGUAUGCGCGCGCACGUGCCUGUAUGUAUGCGUGGGUGGGUGGGUGGUUAGUGCUUUACGAUCCAGGGUUAUGAAUCCGACUUUAACUGAAUUAAC